CACAAAAGCUGCACGUUUGCAUAAUCCUUUACGUAAAGGUUACGUCAGAGUAAUUUUGACAAGCAUGAGGCGCAUACUCAAUGUGAGUUUGAGACAUUUUAGCCUGUUCGGUAGAAAUUCCCCCUCUCCUAUUAGUCUGUCUGUUGGGGAACGGGUCGCUUUUGCACUCAAUUUUUGCAGCAAAACGAUAAGUGACGGCAGCAACAUGGAUCUGAGCAACAUGAGGAAGAAAUAUAGAGGGGAUGAGGAGUGCUUUGAGGAGAGUCAACUUGGAUCUUUGGACCCUAUUAAGGAGUUUGGGAACUGGUUUGAUGAAGCAACAAAGUGCCCUGAAGUCGGAGAGGCCAAUGCUAUGUGCAUCGCCACAGCCUCCAAGGAUGGACGUCCAUCUGCGCGUAUGGUCCUCCUGAAAGGUUACAGCCACGAAGGUUUCCGCUUCUUCACAAACUACGAGAGCAGAAAAGGCAAUGAGUUGGAGACCAAUCCAUAUGCAUGCCUGGUUUUUUACUGGGAACCACUUAACAGACAAAUUCGUAUUGAGGGCUCAGUGGAGAGGAUCCCCUACCAGAACUCCUGUGAUUAUUUCCACUCCCGGCCGAAGAGCAGUCAGAUCGGGGCCGUUGUGAGCCGACAGAGUACACCAGUUCCCAACAGAGAUUACUUGAGGCAGAAAAAUGCUGAACUGGAGGAAAAGUACAAGGACACAGAUGUCCCAAUGCCAGACUACUGGGGCGGCUACCUGGUCAAGCCUCACUCGAUUGAGUUCUGGCAGGGUCAGACCAACAGACUCCACGACCGCAUCGUUUUCACCAAGGCGAAGGACGGAGAGAAACGGGGGGAGUUCCAGCACGAAGCCGAGGGAGGCUGGGUGUACCAGCGACUUUCUCCAUAAGAUCUACCUCCACAGAUGUUCCAUCCAGAACACCAUGAACUUAAAAAGUAGCCAACAUCUGAAGAUACUGGGGGAAAACCAUUUGAUGUUUGUUAAAUCUGUGUCAACUGUGCCUGUCGAUUCUUUGACUUGAACCAUGUGAACCUGCAAACUGACUGUAACACUAAACUUCAUGUUUUAUUUUGGCUUUAAAAAGAAACGAGGCAAGCUCGCCUCCUCAGACACAAAUGAGUCGCAGCUGGUUGUUUCCCCGACUUCAGUGUCUUCACAUCUUAAAAAGAGGACAGUUGUCUUUCAAGUGCAAAUUCAGUUUACAGGCUUUUGCUAAAGUAUUCACAUCCCUCCAUGUCUUUCACAUUGUCUCCUGUUAAAUGUUUGGUGAAAUUCUUUAGGCCUUUAUAUGAUAGAGAAACCCAACAUAGUGCAUAUCGUGAAGUAAAUGUUUACUUUACAAGUAAAAAUUUUAGAAAUGUUGACGAUAACCAUUCCCACCAUCAUUUUUUCAGAGUUGCCAUGGUGUAUUUAUGGUGAUGUGUAAGUUUUACUCCAUAUAGAGAUUUGAAUGUAGGCCAUUAAGUUUAAUUUUGGCUUUUUUGGAGCGAAGCAUCUUCAUGUUUCUCUGACCCGUGAAGUCUGCGCUAAACAGCUGUGCAAGAUGAGAUUAAUUUAGCUCUGGAUGUUUUCUUUAGGGCUAAGUGAGUAAAUACAAAUGCACACCACAUUUUUAGACUUCAAUUUGAAAAAUAAAAUAUAAACAAUUA